UGUUCAAACACCCAUCAAAUAGUGGCAAAUAAAGCAAUGACAAAACAGGUUUGACGUGCGGUCACAUUUGAAAAAUAUAUUUGAUUAAAAAGCAGUUUGAUCAAACUAUCAAAAAACAAAAAAUUGUUUGGUCGAAAUAUUUAAAAGAAGCUAUGCAGCAGGAAGAGGCGCUUUUUAUUUUAUGUUGUGGUGCAGCAUCAUAUAUUGCUGUCAAAGAGGACGAAUCCAUGAAAAAUAGAAAGAAAAGACCAUGGGUUCGAGAAUGGUUGCGUCAAAGAAAGGAGGAAGGAUGUUGCGUCAAAUUGCUGACUCAACUGCGGGCUGAAACACCAUCGCUCUAUAAAAAUUUCUUGAGGAUGAACGCGGCAGAUUUUGACAAUUUGCUUAAAUUAACUGCACCACUUUUAACCAAGAAGACGACACAAUUACGUGAGCCGAUUUCAGCUUCAGAACGGUUAAUGGUUACACUGCGAUACUUGGCAACAGGCGAGAGUUUCCGUUCUCUGCAAUUCAUAUUCCGUAUACCUCACAACACUAUUUCAACUAUCAUUCCUGAGGUUUGCGAUGCUAUUUAUAAGGUUCUACAGCCUGAUUAUUUAAAGACCCCAUCAACGGAAACAGAAUGGCUAGCAGUAUCGGAAAAAUUUUAUGAGAAGUGGAAUUUCCCAAACUGUAUUGGGUCUAUAGACGGCAAACAUGUCGUUAUGACAGCGCCUUCUCAUUCCGGAAGCAUUUACUUCAACUAUAAAGGAACUCACAGCAUUGUACUCAUGGCUAUUGCAGAUGCUUCCUACAAAUUUUUAUAUAUUGAUGUUGGGUCCAAUGGAAGAAUAUCAGAUGGUGGAGUUUUCCGAAAAACGUCAUUUAAUAAAGGUCUGGUUAACGAAAAACUAAAUUUACCACCACCAGAACCAUUGCCAGGCAGAACAGUUUCAGUUCCUUAUGUUCUUGUUGCGGAUGAUGCAUUCGCUAUGACACCCAAUAUAUUAAAACCUUUCAGUGUCCGCAAUAUGAAUGCAAUUCAGAGAAUUUUUAACUAUCGUUUGUCUAGAGCUAGACGAGUUAUAGAAAACGCAUUUGGAAUUCUGUCUGCCCGCUUUCGUGUACUACGAACCCCAAUAAAGGUUGAUCCACCAAAAGCAAUAAAAAUUACUACUGCCUGUUGUGUGUUGCAUAACUACCUGAUGUGCCGCAAUAAUUCGAUAUACUUCAACCCAAAUCUAGUGGACCACUAUACACAAGAUGGAACACUAGUACUAGGUGAAUGGCGCAGUGAACGGGCCUCUGAUAGUCUUAUAAAUCUACAACCUCAUCGGUCUUAUAUUGCACCUAAUUGUUCUACUGUAAGGGACGAGUUUUCCCAAUAUUUUGUAGAAGAAGGCGAAGUUCCCUUCCAAUACAAACAUAUAUAAAAGUUUAAAUAAAAUGAUA